AAAAAUUACAAAAUGGUUAAAAUUGUAAACCGUAAUUACUCUAAACGAUCAGAGCCUGAAGGAGGCUUCAAGUCUUUUGAAGCAUUUUAUCCUUUUUAUUUAGGCGAACAUUGUAAUAAAAUAAAUCGAAGAUUACAUAUUCUAGGCACAACAAUCACACAUAUUCUUGCACUUUUAUCCAUUAAAUAUAAGAAUCCUAAAUUUCUUUUAUUCGGAAUUGCUCAAGCUUAUAUUUUCGCUUGGUUUGGGCACUUUAUCUUUGAAAAAAAUAAGCCAGCGACAUUUAGAUACCCUAUUUGGUCUUUUCUUGGUGAUUUGAAAAUGUGGCAUGAAGUAAUGAUUAGAAAGCGAGAAUUUUAA